AUGGGCACAGUCUGGCCUUGGUAUGGCGGCGGCCUGUUGUCGUUCGUCAGCUCCGGCACCGUCGCCGGGGCAGGAAGCUUCGCUGGCUGUGGAACGAUAACAGGCUCCGGCUACUUCAGCGCGACAGCCGGCUCACCUGUCCUAGUCACACCCACCAGCACGGCCCGCCCGACCAGGACCAUCUCUGUCUACCUGUCCUACUGUCCAGACCCCACGGCCGGUGCCGGCACCGGCGCAGACGCGAUAUUCCGCCUGGCCUCCAGCUCCAACACCACCCAGGGCAUCUCUCCUGCAAUCUCCAACCGGAACGGUACGUUGUCUCCAGGCUACACGUCGCCCUACACGAACAGUACUGCCGCAUCCAAUUCCACCACCAACCUCAACCCUCUCUGCCAGGUAUGCCCUGAGUCGGUGGGCGUGUGCUGUCCACCCACGGUCUCCUGCUCGGCCGAUGACGGGAAGUGUCCGCUAUUCGCGCUCGAAAACUCCGGCAACUUGAUCAACGGGUACUUGAUCCAGCAGGUCGUCAACAGCACAGCGCCUGUUGCGGGACGGAGGAAAGUCCGGGCCCUGGCCAAGAAGAGUGUCCACGACCUAGGGUUUUCGACCGAUCUGGUUCAGCUGGAGAUGGAGGUGGAGCAGGGCUUGAAGAAGCAGAAGCACAAGGACAAGCACAGGAGGACACAUCAUAAACAUUUUUAA